GGAGUCUGAACAAAGUGGAAGUGGAAUGUGCCUGCUUGUUUACAUUUCGUUCUGUUUUUACCAUAUAUGUAAAUGUUUAUUUUGCCAGUGAGUUGUACGACCACAGUUGUUGAUUGUGCUUACUUGCGAACAUUCAACAUUGCGCUUUGAAUGUGCGAACAUAUCUUUAGUACGCAUGGCAAUUGGCAUGUUUAGUAGGCAUGUCGGGCACCAUACCAUUUGAAUCAUUGUGGUAGCUUGCCUUGCUGUGUAGCCUACUGUAAUGACAGUUGAGAGAGAUCCAUUCCACGUUAAACCGACAGAAAUAACUGUACAUGGACCGUGGAGGAAGAGGACGUGGAGGAAGGGGGAGGCGAGGUAAUCGUGUAGAGGACAAGGAUGUCCGCCUCUCCAAGUCUUUGUCCUUUGCCCUGCGCCAUGGAGCCAAUCAAAUGGGACUUCACAUGAAUCCUGAUGGCUUCCUAUUUGUGGAGGACCUACUGGCUCAUGCACAGUUCCACGCCUUCUCAUUGGAGGAUGUGGAGAGAGUUGUGGCCACCAAUGACAAGCAGCGAUUCAAGCUCCGCCCUCACCCUGAGGACGGACGGCUGCAGAUCCGAGCCAAUCAGGGACACUCUGUGCAGGUGUGUGAUCUGGACCUGAAGGCUGUACAGCCUGGUUCUCCUGAUUGUCCCAGGGAGGGAAUCCAUGGCUCCUAUCUCCGCCUCUGGCCCUCCAUCCGCUCCGAGGGCCUCAGCCGCAUGAACAGAACACACAUACACCUGGCCCUGGGCCUACCGGGGGAGGACGGGGUCAUCAGCGGCAUGAGGAGAGACUGUGACUUGGCCAUAUUCAUUGACGUCCCCAAAGCAUUGUCUGAGGGUAUCCAGUUCUUCUGGUCCGAGAACGGUGUAUUGCUGACACCUGGGGACACUGAGGGGAAACUACUUCCCCGAUACUUCAGCCGUGCCCUAAAACUAAUACCCACACAGAGUAUUCUGCCACUGGAGUAGGUGAAGAGGGUUAUCUGUGCUUUGGAGGUAAAGACUUGGCUGAAUUUGUCACCAGACGGCUGUUGAUUUCCAGUUCUGUCUAGACUGUUUCCAUGGUAACCAAUACUGUUCGGGACCAGAACCCUGAAGACUCUGGGUGAAUAAGACUGAGACUGAAAACACCCUCAACAACAACUCAACAACAGCUCUAAUACCAUACAGGACACAGUACAGACACAGAGAUGACUGGUAUUCCUGAUAAUAUUGUCACAUGACAAAGAUACAGAGGAUGCUAUCAGAUGGGAACCAGCAGGCACAAGCUGUGGGUUUGCCAACGGACAGUCUCAACUGCUCCACAGAGACACACACACUGCCUGCGGCUUCAUGUGCCGUCAGUCACAUUUCAGGAAACUCUGCCACCAUACUCUUAAGGACACAACCAUCAAGCCAAAUGCCUCAUCUGGAAAUUAAAACACCUGUCACUGUUUUAUAUAUGUCAAUAAACAUAUUUAAUUCUGGAUUUCAGAAUUGACAAUU